GACGCGCGGGUUCCUCCAGCUACAUCCGGCUCAGGUGGGCGGAAGUCCGAACUUGGGAUCACCUGACCGGAGCGUGAGAUAGAAAUGGCGUCUACGUUGCUUGCGGGCGAACGACUUGUUCGCGCCUUGGGGCCUGGCGGAGACCUGGAACGGGAGCAGCUGCCCCGGAAGCUGCGUGCCCAGCUCGAGGCUGCUCUGGGGAGGAAACGCGCGGCCGGUGAUAGCGCCACCGGCCCCCAGCACCUGGUUUCCUUCCAUCUGAUUCGAGAUCUGCAUCAGCACCUGAGAGAAAGAAAUUCCAGGCUGUAUCUUCAUGAACUCCUAGAAGGCAGUGAGCUCUACCUCCCAGAAGUUGUAAAGCCUCCCCGGAAUCCAGAGCUAGUCGCCCGGCUAGAGAAGAUUAAGAUACAGCUAGCCAAUGAGGAAUAUAAGCGGAUCACUCGCAAUGUCACUUGUCAGGAUGCACAGCGUGGAGGGACUCUCAGUGACCUGGGAAAGCAAGUGAGGUCAGUGAAGGCUUUGGUCAUCACCAUCUUCAACUUCAUUGUCACAGUGGCAGCUGCCUUUGUCUGCACUUACCUAGGAAGCCAGUAUAUUUUCACGGAAAUGGCCUCGAGAGUGCUGGCUGCAUUGAUCGUCGCCUCCGUGGUAGGUCUGGCAGAGCUGUACGUCAUGGUGAGGGCCAUGGAAGGUGAACUGGGCGAGCUGUAACUGGUGCUUCACUGUCAAAGUCUGGAAGAAGUUUGGAGAGCCUCCAUUGCCCAUCACUGACUCUCAGUCAACCCAUCAUGUUCUUUGUACUCAGCUUUGUGCUUAGUCAGAGGACCAGGCCAAGUUCUUAGUCAGCUGUGAGUUUCCUUGGGAGGAGUGGAGGAGAUUGGGACAGCAUGUUUCUUUCAAACUGAAGGAACUGCUCUAAGUAACUUCUGAACCCAUGCCCGCCUGCUCUCACCGUCCAUUCCGCGCUCUGCUGAGUCCUGAUUUCUCAUCAGAAAGUAGAAUCCAGGCCUUUCCCCGAAAUGGGCCAUACUGCCUUGAACUAGCCCAAGUGCAUAAAUCAGUCACUGUCCUUCAUCCACACAUUUUGGCACAAGACCUGAAACGGAGAACAGAAGACUAAGAAAGCAGAAGGCCUGAGCCUGAGAAGAGCCAGUCAGAAGGCAGGCAUCAGUAAGAAAAAGCAGUUGAUACAGGGUAGUGGAACUAGAAGCGGGGCAGCUAAGGUUUUCUAGAAAAGGAAAUGGUAUCAGGCCAUUUUCCAGAAGUCAGAAAAGGUUGGCCCUCCUCUGUCAAAUGGAGGCAAAGUUGUUCUGUUGUCUUUGUAAUGUUACACUUUGCAGAACUUAGAUAAGUUAGAUUAUCUUACUUUAUGAAAGAUGUUUUGUAUCCAAUAAAUAUUUAUUGUGUCCAGUGUA